GUCAAGAUCACUCCUUGCUUUCUGUGUCCUUGAAUUUACUAUAGCUUUUUGGGAUCUUCAGAGAGCCAUUGGCGUCAAAUCACAUCACAAAUUUAUUGGUUGGUGGUGGUGACUUUGGGAUGGCAGAGAGGAGAGUCACCAACGGAGGAGAAGUUGUUAUCAAUGUUUUAGACAAAGAAGCAUCAAAAGAUCAUCCAUCAUCAUCUCCUUCUUCCAAGGUAGAGGCUCCACCAAUGUCAGAUACAGAGACUACGAAACUAGAGCCGUUAAGCAUUCCCACUCCUGAAAUCUAUAAGUUACAUGGAAGUGUUCAUAAGCCGCCUAAAGUUCCAAGUCCUAGCACUGAAGGUCUACUUCGAAGGAGAUCUUUUUCAAAAUCAGUUUACUCCAAGUCCAACUCAAGGUUUGGGCAACAACAGUCUUAUCGAUUCGAUAAGACUAUAGUAGAAGAAAAUUGUGGAACCCCUAAGGAACAUUAUGGUACUAGUUCAUUUUCAAGGACUUCUUUUAAUAGGUCUUCCCUUAGUAACAAAUCUAAUAGAAGCACUGGCUCGGUAGCACUUAGUAAGGUUGAUGAAGACGAAACAAAUGAAAAUGAAGAAAUCUACAAAAAGGUUAAACUACACCAAGAGAAGCGUAGUAGUGGAAUCAGACCUCUAGCUUUGGUUGAGUUGCUACUGUUUGUUGCCACUCUAUGCACUUUGGUUGUGAGUUUAACCUAUGAUACGGUGAAGAAGCAUCACAUUUGGGGUUUGGAAGUUUGGAAAUGGUGCGUCCUUGUGAUGGUAACGCUUAGUGGCAUGUUCGUGACAAAUUGGUUCAUGCAUUUAGCGGUAUUCAUCAUAGAAAGGAACUAUCUCCUACGUAAAAAGGUGUUGUACUUUGUCCAUAGUUUGAAGAAGAAUGUUCAAGUCUUCAUUUGGUUCAGCCUCAUUCUUGUUGCAUGGGUACUUCUCUUCGACGAUGACGAUAAACACUCACGCAAGACCAAGAAGUUUCUACAUUUUAUAACUUGGACUAUCGUCUCCCUCCUCAUAGGAUCAAUCCUUUUCUUGGUGAAGACAUUUGCCUUGAAAGUCCUUGCAUCAAAGUUCAACGUUAGAAACUUCUUUGAGAGGAUUCAAGAAUCUAUAUUCCACCAGUACGUUCUCCAGACUCUCUCAGGACCUCCUCUUAUCGAAGAGGCGGAGAGAGUUGGGCGUGAGCCAAGCACGGGCCACCUUAGUUUCACCACCUUAGUUUCACGAGAACUAGUGGAACCGUGA